AGCACUCGCUGGAGAAGGCAGCUGUGCAGCCGUAACGCGAACAUGGUGCGGACGUGUGGUGGUAGUCUGCAGCACUGAACUCCUUGUUGUGGUCCAGCUGAAUAUUUAACCAUGUUACCACUCAAAUGGGUCUUUUAUGUCCUGAUUGUGCUCUCUGGUCCCAGAAUUUACUAUGCUUACGUUGUCAACCGCUCAGGGAGGUCCAAAGCAUCCGAUGACUCUCGUUCUUACACUCUGUCCAGUUCCCCACUGACCAGCCUGUCAGGUUCAUGCAAAAGCAGGUGCUUUGAACUGGUCGAAGCUGCAGCUCCGCAAUGCCGCUGUGACAAUCUAUGCAAAACAUACAACAGCUGCUGCUCCGACUUUGAUGAGCAUUGCUUGAAAACAAAUGGUGGCUAUGAGUGCAGUAAGGAGCGCUGCGGGGAGACGCGUAAUGACCAGCACGCCUGCCACUGCUCGGACGACUGCAUAGCCAAAGGAGACUGUUGCACCAACUACAGAAGCCUCUGUAAAGGAGAUGUCCCGUGGCUGACAGAGGACUGUGAGGAAAUUAAGAGUCAUGAGUGUCCUGCUGGGUUUGUCCGCCCCCCUCUCAUCCUGUUGUCUGUUGAUGGGUUCCGGGCCUCAUAUAUGAAGAGAGGUUCCGCAGUGAUCCCUUACAUCGAGAAGCUAAGAACCUGUGGCACUCAUGCUCCCUACAUGAGACCAGUAUACCCCACCAAAACCUACCCAAACCUCUACUCAAUUGCAACUGGUCUGUAUCCUGAGUCUCAUGGAAUUGUGGGCAACUCAAUGCAUGAUCCCACCUUUGAGGCCACCUUCUCGAUCCGCGGUCAAGAGAAGCUGAAACACCGCUGGUGGGGAGGUCAGCCAAUUUGGAUCACGGCAGAGAAACAGGGAGUGAAAGCUGGCACCUUCUUCUGGCCUGUGUCCAUUCCAUUGGAAAGGAGGAUUUUGACCAUUCUACAGUGGCUGAACCUUCCUGAUGCAGAGAGGCCCUAUGUGUAUGCCAUGCACAAUGAGCACCCUGAUGUCUAUGGACACAGACUGGGACCGCAGAGCAGUAAUCUGAGCAUUGCUCUGAAGGACCUGGAUAAAGUGGUGGGCCACUUGAUGGAGGGCCUGAAACAGAUGAAGCUUCAUCGAUGUGUUAACAUCAUCCUAGUGGGAGAUCACGGAAUGGAAGAGGCCCACUGUGACAAAAAAGAAUUCCUCAGCACCUACAUGACAAAUGUGGAUGAUAUUUUCCUCAUACCAGGAUCUUUGGGCAGAAUCCGUGCCAGGAACCCAAACAACGCCAAAUAUGAUGCGAAAGCAGUGGUAGCCAAUCUCACUUGCAGGAAGCCAAACCAGCACUUUAAGCCAUACCUGAAGCAGCAUCUGCCCAAGCGUCUGCACUACGCCAACAACCUCCGCAUUGAGGAGAUCCAUCUGAUGGUGGAGAGAAAAUGGCACGUUGCAAAAAAACCUAAAAAGACAUCUGAAAACCAUGGAUCAAGGCCUUGUCCGUUUAAUGGUGACCAUGGUUAUGAUAACAAGAUCAACAGUAUGCAGACUAUAUUCUUAGGUUAUGGACCAUCUUUCAAUUUUAAGACUAAAGUCCCGGCAUUUGAGAACAUCGAACUUUACAAUAUCAUGUGUGAUCUGCUGGGCCUUAAGCCGUCCCCUAACAACGGCACCCACGGCAGUCUGAACCACCUGCUGAAGCUGCCUGCACACAAAGCCGCCAUGCCUGAGGAGGUGUCCAAGCCCACCCCACCCGGCCCUGUGGGGCUGGUCACAGACGACUUAGGGUGCAGCUGUGAGGAUAAGUUGCGUUCAAAAAAUAGGGGACAGAGAGCUUUGAAACUGGCCAUUGUAAGAGGCUAUAACCUGGAGUCACUGUGGCUCUGUCUCUUACAGAACAAAGUGGAAGAGCUCAACCAACGAGUGAGGCAAGCUAUGGAUGACAACAAGAACCUGCCUCAUGGUCGACCAGCAGUGAUGUUUCAAACGAAAUACAGCAUCCUGCAUCACAGUGACUAUAUCAGUGCUUACAGUGAAGCCCUAUCCAUGCCUUUGUGGACUUCCUACACUGUACCCAAACAGGUUGAUGUGACCACUCUACCAGAUGCUCUCAGUAACUGUGUCCGGCCCGAUGCCCGCAUCCCACCAGCGUACAGUCAGUCCUGCACAGCCUACCGGGCAGACAAGCAGCUCUCCUACGGUUUCCUCUAUCCGCCUCAAUUGGCCUCAACGCAGGAUGCCAGAUUUGAUGCAGUUCUCAUCACCAACACAGUGCCCAUGUACCCAGCAUUCAAAAGGAUGUGGACCUACUUCCAGAAGGUCCUGGUGAAGAGGUACGCCAGUGAGCGCAAUGGAGUGAACAUCGUCAGCGGCCCCAUCUUUGACUAUGACUAUGAUGGUCUCAGAGAUACAGCAGAGAAGAUGAAACAAUACGUGAGUGGCUCAAUACCAAUCCCUACCCACUUCUUCAUCGUGGUGACAAGCUGUCUGGACUACACACACACGCUGGACUCAUGUGACGGUCCACUCAGUGUUUUCGCCUUCAUCCUACCUCACCGUGCUGACAAUGAUGAAAGCUGUAACAGUGCGGACGACGAGUCCAAGUGGGUGGAAGAGCUGAUGAAGUCUCACACGGCCCGCGUGCGUGACGUGGAGAUCCUCACGGGCCUGGACUUCUACCGCCGCACCAGCCGCUCCUACCAGGAGAUCCUGUCCCUCAAAACGUACCUGCACACAUACGAGAGUGAAAUCUGAAAACCACUGCACCCCUGCACUAUUGACCCCCAAUGGUUAGGUGUAUAUUUUUAUACAAGCUUCCAUAUUUAUUAUUCUUUGAAUGGCUAACCCCCCCGUUAUGUAAACAUAUCAUUUCCCCCUAUCGUGUAAUGAUUCAUGCGCAUGAAUGGACUGGUCUGUAGGGCUUCAUCAGUGCGCUGAGGAUGUGGCCUUGUUUGUGUUGUGUCUGUGGUGGUGAUGAUGAGUGGCUCUGGGAAUGGGAGCCCUCCGCUGCCGCCAUGUGGAGCUCAGUGCUGGACACAGCUGUGACCAUGAAGCUGUUUAACAUCGACUUCUCAGUCCAUAGCACCUGUGUGAUACUCUUUAUUUAUGCUCAACAUGAAAUUCAUAACAAUAAAGUUUAAACUCUUUUGUA